CGGCUAAAGCAGAAGAAAAAUUAUUUGUAUUUCCCCUGCUCUGAAAAUGUAGAUUAGCAUUAAUUUUGGAGCUACUUACAGUUAGCGGCUAACAGCUAGCACAGUACUUCCAAAAUCCAACUCUUUCCAGGAGUGCAAUUUUGUUAGAAAACAAAUCCCCUAAAAAUGUAGUUGGGGUCCGUUCAGGGUUACGUGUUUUGGCAAGCUAACAGCUUGUUAGCUGCUAGUGGCGCGUGGUUAGCGAGUAGCGGUGGCGCGGGGCUAGGUGCGGGCAGAGCGGGGGUGCGAUGGAGUACCACUCCGGUGGCAGCCUGCCCCUGCUGGGUAGACCGCGGUACUGCCCCGGAGCCAAUGCUAACGGAGGAUACCUGUGUGAGACUGGACACUGCUGCGGAGAGACUGGCUGCUGCACCUACUACUAUGAACUCUGGUGGUUCUGGCUGCUGUGGACCGUCCUCAUCCUGUUCAGCUGCUGCUGUGCGUACCGACACCGCCGAGCCAAACUGAGAGUCCAGCAGCAGCAGAGACAGAGAGAGAUCAGCCUGCUGGCCUACCACGGAGCCAGCUCCUACCCCUCGUCCAUGCUGGACCUCAGUUUCCUGGCGUCUCUCAAGCUGCCGUCUUAUGAGGAGGUGGCGGCUCAACCCUCCACCCCUCCUCCGCCCUACAGCUCUGUGUUCACCACCCCACGUUACCCGCAGCCCCCACGCACCGCCGACCCCCACCUGCUCACGCAGCACGACCCGCUGCUGCACCGGCCGCUCAGCACCGGCCCCUCCUCCCUCAGCUCCGACAACAGCUCCAGUUGUUCCUGUGACUCCUGCUGCCCGUCCUCUCCGUGCAGCUCCUCCCUUUCGCCACCCGUCACGUAUGAGACUGAUACAAGCCACGCCACCACGCCCGGCGAGGCCACGCCCCUCACUUUUGAUGUCACUUUGGAAACCAUCUCCGCCGCUGCAACCUGUUUAGCGGUACAUGACACACGACUGGUUUCUGAGAGGAUUGUCGGCACGGUGGCCGUCGACAUUGGUGACGAAGACGCUAACGGAGCACAGGAACCCGAUUCUGCUGAUUCACCGGUUCCCAACCAGGCUGUUACCGUGGCGGUUGUUACCAGGGCGGCCUCCCCUCAGCCUCUGCCUUCUCCCGGGACAGAGGUGGCUUUUUCUGUUCUAACUACAUCUCCCAUGAAGCAACAGCUCGACCCAGCACCAUGUGCCCCACUUGUCACCCCAAUUACACUCCCUAGUCCAAAUGUGGUUGAGACAACACCCCCCUCCAUCCAGACGAUAAGCAUUGAGGAUCCAGUUGCGGGCACCGAUACUACCCCUGCCCCAAAAAUCCCCUCAAUGUCAGGCCCUCCUACCCCAACAGUUCUCACAGCUGACAGCCCUACAGAAACGCGAACACUUGAUCUAACGAGAACUUUUGAUGCCGCUACCCUUUCUAGUAGCCCAACCUCAUUACUGUCCCCAGAUGAUAGAAGAACUUUGACCCUGAUAACAAGCUCUGUUAGUCUCCCAACCUCAGACCCAAAUCCUAGCCUUGUGCCGAUCCCAGCACCUUCAACCCUUACCCAAGCUGUUGCCCCAGUACCUUCAAGUCUUAUCCAAGUACCAGAACAACUACCUUCAAACAUUACCCAAGCUCCUUCUCCAGCACCUUCAACCCUUACCCAAGCUCCUUCCCCACUACCUUCAAACAUUACCCAAGUUCCAGAUCCAAUACUAACAAACCUUGCCCAAACUCCUGUUCCAGUAUCUUCAGACAUUAUCCAAGUUCCAGACCCAGUUGAGGUUAUGGACCAAAUCCUAACCCCCCUCACCCAAACUCUAGACCUAGUACCUACAAACCUUACCCUCGUGCCAAACCUACAACCUAAAAUAGUCCUAGACUGUGACACUAAUCUUUUUGUAACAUCUGCACAUUCAGACCUUAUCCUUGCUACAGAUGCACCUACAUUAGCCCCUCGCCUGGUUCCGACCAGCCCAAGAUCAGACUUGCCCCAACACCCAGGGUCUGUUGCUGGUCUUGAAUCUUUUCUCGAUCCAGCUACAGUACCAGCUGAUUCAGGUCCUUCACUGGCCCUGUCUCAAUUGUCAGAGUCAGUUGGUUCUAGAUCAGGUCCACUGUCCAUUCCUGCCCCAGUGCUCACAUUCCCAACCAAUACAUCCUCCUCUUCCCCUUCCUCCUGCCCAGCCAUAACCAUAGACUCUGAAUUUUCUUACACUUCCCCUGCAGCCCAUUCUCCAUCCUCGACCCCAUCCCUUCCUUCUCCUUCUUCCCUCCCCACCUUUCCAGCCCUGUCUUCUACUUCCCUCCCGGCCCCAGCUUUACUCCUUGACCCCCUUAGUGCUCUGCAACAGCCCAAUAAAGGUGGAUCCUCCUCUGGCCAUGCUUCCUCCCUUUCCCCCUCGCCUCGUGCUACUCAGUCCCCCCCGAAACAAACUCUCUUUUCCCCCUGCGUGGAUAUCUUUGAGCCGGGACCUCCGAGUUGGGAGGACGGAGAGGAGGAACAGGAAGAGGAGGACAAUGAUGAUGAUGAAGACGAGGACAUGGGAGCAGACGAGAGCCAGUAUAGACAUCGGCGACUUACCGGUGACUCUGGCAUCGAGGUGUGCAGGUGUCGGGUGGAGGACGAGGACGAGGAGGAAGAAGAGGAGGAGAGAAAUAGGAAGGAGGAUGGCCGGAGAGAAAGAGGAGGGGAGAGGGAUACCAAAGGAGGAGGAAACCCUGAUCUCCAUGACAGCGUGGACUGCCCUGCCAGAGGUCAGGUACCCACAGGGGAAGGACUUAUACUGUGCAACUCCACACCAACGCCAACGACCGAGGACAGUGGCAAAAUCAUCAUUGCCAUGGAGACCGUGUGAUUGACGGAAGUUGUCGGAUCAAAUAAUUUGUCAUCCAGACAAGGGAUGAAGUUAAUAAUGGCGGCCACCCUUGAGAGGUUUUUCUGAGAUUGGUCCGUAAGCGGGGAGGUUUUGAACACACAUGUUACGUCAAUAAUGUCGGACCGGCAUCGGCGUCGGAAGUUAGGAAGAGAUUCUACCGGAAGCAAAAAUCAUUACGACAUAGUUUCUACUGUUAGUCGGGGU